AUGGAUGCCGAUGUCAAUGGGAUCGAUGUCGAUGAUGACGAUGACGACGAUGCUGGUAUAUUCAGCAUCGCCAAUGACCGCCAAAGUGAGGACGAUGACGCCCUCACUGGUGAAGACAACGUUUUUUCAGCAGUGCACACGAAGCGCACUGCUGUUGACAAGGAUGAAUCAGCAGAGGAAUUUCUGCUGACUCGCGAAGCGGUUGUCCGCUUCGUUCGAGACUCGAUUGCAGAUGCACUAGACAAGCAGAAAAGAAACGCAGACGAACAUGGAAGAGCGAAUGUUUUUACAUAUAUUAAAGGAGACUUAGUUUUAUUGACCACAGUAAAUUUACCAAAACACGCAGUGGAAAACGUGGGUAGCAGUAUACUACUGCCGAACUAUAUCGGUCCAUUUCUUGUGUUACGCCGAAUGGGCAACGCAUACACGAUUGAACUGCUUUGUAUGAUGCGUACGCAUCCUUUGUUUUACGUUGGACGUCUCCGCCCAAAUUAUCAGUACGUGUCCGUUUCGAGAGGCGAAGAACACAUCCGCGGUCAAGGGCCGAGACCACCUUCGAGUAGUCCCGUUUCAACGAUCCAGUCGAGUCGACUAGCGAAGCGACCUGCUCACGCAGUUGAGCGAUGUCGUGACGAGCUGACUGCAGCUCGUCACGAAGAGAGUGAAUCGAACGUUCAUUCUCAAGUUGCGUGA